AUGGCAGCAGUGUUAGAAAUCAGAGUCAAAGCUCAUAAGGCUAAGGUACUUGCAAAUGUAUUCCCUGGUUGGCAAUCACUGAAUAAUUAUUCAUGGGCUGUAAAUGGUAGAGUUUGGAUAGUGUGGGAUCCAAAUUAUUACCAGAUUACUCAUAUUAGAUCUACUCCUCAAUCAAUUCAUUGUCUGGUAAAUGGUAACAAUGGGACACUAGUUUGUUUUAUUACUGUUAUAUAUGCAUCUAACUCUAUUGAACAGAGAAAGGACCUAUGGGCAGAACUAUCAAGCAUUGAACAAAUAGUGGAUAAACGUUGGUUAAUUGUUGGUGAUUUUAAUGCUGUGUUAUAUCCAAAUGAUAGGGUAUAUGGUGCACCAAUCUCUCUAGCAGAAACUCAAGAUUUUUCAAAUUGUAUUCAUAAGCUACAACUGAAUGAAGUACCAUGGAAGGGUGAUUAUUAUACUUGGUCAAACAAGCAGUUACGAACUGAUAGAAUUUGUAGUAGAAUUGAUAGAGUCUUUGGCAAUCUUGAUUGGAUGAUGACUUGGGGUCAUAACAUAGUACUUUCAUGGACAAAGUUGCAGAAAUAUGGCAAAAACAUAUGGGCUCCAGGAACAAUGGCAAAUAUCUGGGCAAAGUUGAGAGCAUUAAGGCAAGUAUUGAAAGAUUUGAAUAAGGAGGAGUUCAAAAGCAUAACCACUAAGAUAAAUCCAGCUAGACAAGAAUUGUUGCAAAUACAGGAACAAAUCAAUCAACAGUGCACUGAUGAGCUACUAUGUAAGGAGAAGCAAAUUUUAUUGGAUAUUGAGAAAUGGAGCCUUGUUGAAGAAAGUGCGCUAAGACAAAAGUCCAGAGCAAAAUGGAUACAACUUGGAGAUUGUAAUAAUAAAUAUUUCACAGUAAUGAUCAAGGAGAGAACUAACAAGAAGAUCACGCGUGAGCUGACUUCACUUAGAGGCACCAAACUGGACACACCAGAAGCUAUUAAGGAGGAAGUGGUAAAGUUUUAUAAGGCACUAAUGGGAUCCAACACUACAUCUCUACCUGCUGUAGAUAGGAAAACUAUGAAGAAAGGACCCACAAUUAGUUAUGAGCAAGGAGUUGCAUUAUGUGGAGAUGUUGUGGAUGAGGAAAUUUGGAAGGCACUAACCUCUAGCUUAUUUUUACAAGAAGACUUGGAGUAUCACCAAAGAUGA